AUGGCAUCACUAAAUAUAAACAGUCUAAACAAACACAUUGACGAGUUGAAGGUAUUAAUGAUGCACAAACCCAUUGAUGUGUUUGCAAUUAAUGAAUCCAAAUUAGACCAGGAUGAUGCUGACGAUCUUAUUGCAUUAACUGGCUAUAUAGUAGAACGAAGAGAUCGUAAUAAACAUGGUGGAGGGGUCUGCGUUUAUAUUCGUAACUCAAUAAACUACAAAAGGCGCUUUGAGUUAGAAGAUCAAAAUUUGGAAAUUAUUGUAAUUGAGGUUAUAAAGCCUUAUUCUCAACCUUUUCUUAUUAUAGCGUGGUACAGACCACCGAAAGGUCCUUUACAAUGUUUUGAGCAAUUUGAGAAUCUUUACAAAACAAUUGAUAGUAAAUACAAAGAAAUUUACAUUUUAGGUGACCUGAAUUGUAAUUAUCUAUUAAAUCCCCCUGAGUGUCAUACACAACACCUUAAUAAUUUAUUAGUUAACUAUCAACUGAAUCAAAUCAUUGUUGACCCAACCAGAGUAAAUAGCACUUCGCAAACAUUGAUUGAUUUAAUAAUUACUAACAAAUCUGAUUCUAUUAUCAAUUCGGGAGUUUACCCUCUGUCAAUAAGUGACCAUUAUUUAAUUUACGCAGUACGGAAAAUCGGCAUACGUAAUGGUAAACCACGAUAUAUUGAAUGUCGAAACUUUAAAAACUUUAGUGAAUCUAAAUUCAUAAAGGACCUAAAAUCUGCUCAUUGGCCUAUAAUUAAUGAGUUUGAUGAUGUCAAUGAUGCAUGCGAUACAUGGACAUCUGUUUUUAGUGAAGUGAUUGAGAAACACGCGCCUGUACGUAGUUUCAGAGUUCGUAAUAAACCUAGUCCUUGGCUUAAUUCAGAACUCAAAUAUUUAAUGAUAAAUAGAGAUAAACUGAAGAAAAAGGCUAUUUCAUCCAAUAAUUCUGAAUCUUUGUCUGCUUAUAAGCAGCAAAGAAAUUUUGUAAAUAAUAAGAUCAAAAAAGCGAAAAAGGCAUAUUUUCAAGACGAACUCAACAGAAAUGUAAAUAAUGUUAAAGAAACAUGGAAAAUUUUAAAUAAUGCGUUGGGAAAGAAAUCGGAUAACAUCGAAAUAAACACGCUGUCAUCUGACUCAGGAGAAAUCUUAACCGAGUCAUUUGACAUUGCAAAUUCGCUUAAUAAACAUUUCGUUGGAAUUGGUCCGAAAUUGGCCUCCAAUGUUCCCCUUUUAGGCAAUGUUGCAACAGCUAAGGAUUACAUGACCCAGGUUGAAUCAUCAUUUGAAUUUCAAAAGAUAGAUUCUAAAGACGUCUUUAAAUUAAUAAACAAAUUAAAUUUGCGUAAAGCUUCGGGCUGUGAUAAAAUAUCAAAUAGAUUAUUAAAAAUAUCUGGUCCUUAUAUUUAUGAAGCUUUGACAAAUUUGUUCAAUCUUUCUCUUACAACAAAUAAAUUUCCGACAAGGUGGAAAAUUGCAAAAGUCUUUCCAUUACAUAAAACAGAGGAAAGGGAUAAUGCAAAUAAUUAUAGGCCUAUUUCGGUGUUAUCUUCAAUUGCACGUCUUUUUGAGCGCCUUGUGUAUAACCAAGUGUAUGCUUAUUUAUCUAAACAUAGACUAAUCAAUACCCGUCAAUCUGGAUUCCGUUCACUUCACUCUACCAUGACAGCCUUGCUGGAUAUGACAAAUCAAUGGUGUUUUAAUAUUGAUAAAGGGAUGUUAAACGGUGUGAUUUUUCUUGAUCUAAAGAAGGCUUUUGACACCAUUGAUCAUGCAAUUUUGCAAAUGAAACUUGCAUGUUAUGGUUUGAAAGAAUGUAGUUUGGAAUGGGUUGAAUCCUACUUGACAAAUAGG